CUGCCCUGUUCUAAGCAUGUGCAGAAUUGAUUUGCACCUUGGCUCAAAUAUACAGCCUGGGGUACAUUUUUAAACACAUAGAAGAAUCAUAUGAGGUUAAAGACAUGGUAGUAUUCACUGGUAAACAGCUAAGGCACGUGGUUUUGGCCGGGUAUGGCGCCACGCAGGCGGUGCAGUGAGAAGGAGGAGUGCACUGUGGACACUUUAGUGCAGCACUGAAGUGGGCAGAGCUCGUGGUGGGACGGGUCGUGCUGUCGGUUAGGAAUUACUGAAACAGCAAGAAGCUGAAUUUUUCCUCAAAAUAUCCGCAUUAAGACGUCACGACACUUUGCACAAACUCUGGAAGUAACUGGAUAGUAAAGAAGACUGUUUCGUGAACGUUAUGCCUUCCGGACAGUAGUUUUUUUUUAAUUAUUAUUAUUACUAAGGAAAGCACUUUAAAAAGAAAUCACCAUGGCUGAAGAAGAGCUCAUGUUCAAUAUGGAGGAGGUGGACAGUCUGAAAAGACCUUCCGUCAACAGGGUUGUGUCCUCUGGACGUGACAGCUCAGUUGACGAUGAGGAAGAGGACUUCUACAUCUGCCCCAUCACUGAUGACCCCAUCAGUCCUACAAAAGGCAUCUGUGAUUACUUCAAGGACCUGGUGCACCAUAAACAACUCUCAAAUUCAUUACCCAAAAACUCUUUCAGUUACAAGAACAAAAACGAAACGGACCCAGAGGUGCAUUCUGUCAGGUUUGGUUCUUUAACUGAGAAGGGUCGGGCUGCUUGGAAACAUGCUAUUGAGAAAGCAAGAGCUAUGCCAGACCCCUGGGCUGAGUUUCAUCUGGAAGAUGUUGAGACAGAGCCCUGCAUUCGCUAUAGGUACAAUGCCAUUACUGGUGAAUGGGUCCAGGACCAAGUGUUCAUCAAGAUGUCUGCUCAGCCCUUUGGAAAAGGUGCCAUGAGAGAGUGUUUUCGAACAAAAAAGCUGUCCAACUUCUCCCAUAGCAGUAACUGGAAAUCAGCAUCGAACUAUGUGGCUAAGCGGUACAUGGAGACUGUGGACAGAGAUGUUUAUUUUGAGGAUGUCAGAUUACAAAUGGAAGCUAAAUUAUGGGGUGAGGAGUAUAAUCGCCACAGGCCUCCAAAGCAGGUUGACAUUAUGCAGAUGUGUGUUGUGGAAAUGACCUCGCGGCCAGGGAAGCCGCUUUUCCACCUGGAGCACUACAUCGAGGGGCAAUACAUCAAGUACAACUCGAACUCUGGCUUUGUGAAGGACGAUAACAUACGCCUUACACCUCAGGCUUUCAGUCACUUUACAUUUGAACGCUCGGGACACCAACUGAUAGUUGUGGACAUUCAGGGUGUUGGAGACCUCUACACAGACCCUCAGAUCCACACAGAGAAGGGCACUGACUUUGGUGAUGGAAAUUUGGGUGUACGUGGCAUGGCCCUGUUUUUUCACUCUCACCUGUGCAACAAGAUCUGUAAGAGUAUGGGCCUCACACCUUUUGACCUGGCUCCUGGAGAAAAUGCUCAGCUGGAUUGCACCAACAAGCUGCUGGAAUCAGCCCAGACUGUACUCCGUGGCUCUGAGGAGUUCUGUGGCUCUCCCAGGGUGCAGACUAUGUCGCUCAGCCGUGGACCCCCUCUCCUGUCUCGUCUGUCAGAGACUUCUUCUGCUGAUGAGAACAUGAGCGACACAGACUCCAUCCCCUGUUCACCCCUGAGCCUGGGUGCCUUUGCAGGCCGCUCCCCCCUCGGAUGGUCAGGCAUUCAUGAAACAGAUGACGCAGACAGAAACAACUGGAAUCGAAAGGACUCGGAGAGUGGAGGAGACAGCGGUUACCCAAGUGAAAAACGCAGCGAAGGAGACCUAGGAGAACACCAUGACAGGGCUCGACCUUUCUACAGCAGGCAUUACUCUGAAUCGGAUGAAGACAGUAUCCGUCGGCUGACGGAGGAAAAAUGGAGUUUCUUCCAUUCAUCCCGUGCCCACGUGCACAGGCCGUCUUGUGUGGCAGUAGAGGUGGAGAGACUGAAUUCGCAAUUUCUUGAAAGGAAAAUUGGCAAAUCGAUUCUGGGCAAGGUACAUCUAGCCAUGGUCCGAUACCAUGAAGGAGGUCGGUUCUGUGAAAAAGAUGUACCGUGGGACCGGGAUUCUGCUGUGUAUCAUCUGGAAAGGGCUGCGAUGUGUGGCGAGUUGGAGGCUAUUGUAGCACUUGGUCAGUUAUGUCUGCAGCUGCCACAUCACGUUUUACCGGAGAUUGAACUGCAGGACAACGAAGAAAACAGAAAGAAAGGCUUCCACCUGUUACUUCAAGCUGCUGAGGCUGGAGACAGACCCAGUAUGAUUUUAGUUGCCAGAGCGUUUGAUACAGGAGUCAACCUCCCACCUAAUAGAACUCAGGACUGGGAGGAAGCAGUGCAGUGGUAUGAGAGUGCGCUAAACAUGACUGAUUAUGAUGAGGGAGGAGAGUUUGAUGGCAUGCAGGAUGAACCACGCUACCUCCUUCUAGCUCGGCUAGCUGACAUGUACCAAGAGGGAAGUUUUGGCCUUGCUGCAAAUCCUCAGAGAGCAGGCGAUCUCUUCACCGAGGCAGCUGAUGCUGCCAUGGAGGCAAUGAAGGGCAGACUGGCUAAUCAGUACUACAUGAAAGCUGAAGAAGCUUGGUCUGCAAUGGAAGAGUAAAGGAACUGAUUUCAUCUCCCAGGACUGUUCAUGUUGUGCAUUUAACUGCGUGAAACAUGUUUACAAUGCUCUUUGACAGCAUCUUUUAGUGUGCUGUGCUAUCUGGGUUUAAAUGGGGUGUCCUGAAGCAUACACACAUGCCUUUUGUGAAUAUUUGGGUUCUUUUAUAAGCUGGUCUGUAGUUCAUACCACUGCGAACAGAAGGUGCUUUUAAAGGUAUGAAGACUACAGGUAAGCAUCGGGAGUCUCAGCAAUAGCAGUGACAUGAUCAUAGCUUCAAAAUAUCAUACCUUGUGUAUGGUGGUGAUGAGAACAAUGAGAAGAUGAUGAAUCGGCAUUAUAUAUACUUGACAAAUUUGUAUGCAUCACUUCUUUCGGUUUUAUAUGAUUUGCAUGGUUGUGGCUGCCAGGUCCAAUAUUGUGUAUUUUACAGAGUACAAUUUCUUGGUGAAGUACAUGAAAAAAUCCAAUUGAUUAGACUGUACAGUCCCUUAAUUUGUUAUUUAGUACACACACACACACGCUGGCCUGUGUGACUGAUUAAUUUAUAUUGUCAAACUUUGAGAAAUAUCUGAAAAAGCAAAGUGCCCCUUGGAAAGCACGAGUGACAAUGGAUGGAGAACAAUUGAGUGAUGUAACUGUUUUUGCUAUAUUGCUGUCUUGUGGUCAGCCUUUCUUGGUUGUAAUAGCUUAAUUGAUACAACUGGUUUGGAUUCAUUUUAUUUGUUUUUACCUAAGUGGCACGGUGGUGUAGUGGUUGGUACUGUCGCCUCACAGCAAGUAGAUUCUGAGUGUGAACAAAAACCUCCACAGCUUUUCUGUGUGGAGUUUGCAUGUUUUCUUUGUGCCUAUGCGGGUUUCCACCUACAGUCCAAAGACGUGUAUUGGGUCAAUUGGCUAGUUGAGAUUGUCCAUAGGUGUGAAUGCGAGUGUCCGUCUGUCUCUCUAUCUCUUACUAUAGAUUGGUGACCUGUCCAGGGUGAACCCUGCCUCUCGCCCACUGUCAGCUGGGAUCGGCUCCAGCUCACCCGUGACCCCCAAUGGAUAAGGGGUAUGGAAAAUGAAUGAAUUAAUUUUUAUCUACCUUUUAAGCUGAAAGCAAAUUUGUGUAUUUUGUUUACAAUAAUAAAAACUUGUACAAUAAAAAUACAAGUGUGAACAAA